AUGGAUAGUGAAUUACCCAGCGAAAAAAUGGUCACUGAUCAAAUUUUACCGUCACCUGACGUUGAAGAAUCAAAAAUUGUUGACAGCUUAGAUUUGCCGACCCAAGUCAAUGAUGAGUCUGAAAUAAACAAUAGUGAAAAAACAGAUGAACUGGCACCUGUAGAAGUAGAAGGAACUGAACCGAAGGAUUCAGUAGAACUAAAACCUGAAGAAACUUCCCUCACUUCUCUAGAAAAAACAGACCAAGUGCCAGAGCCUUUAGAAGCUGAAAAGACUGAGGUAAUAAACUUCUACGACUGGACCCAGAUACCGCGGCUUAUUUGCUCAGUUGCAGAAGAACCCGCGACUGAGUUGGAAAAUCUGACUCGCGGAUGUUCCUGGUCGCCGGAUGGUACAUGUCUUUUGGUACCGUCAGCUGAUUUUAGGAUCCGAGUCUAUGAGCUGCCUCGAGAACUCUAUUCAGGAUCAAUGCCGAUAGAGUCUCUGGCUCCAUUGAAUCCAGCGUUUAAAGUUAAAGAGGGAGGUCUUGUUUAUGAUACUUGCUGGUACCCGUGGAUGAGCUCUUGGGAGCCUGAAACUUGUUGCUUUCUCAGUACUAGUAAAGAAACUCCUAUUCAUUUAUGGGAUGCGUUUACAGGGAGUCUGCGUGCUACUUAUCGAGCUUAUAAUCACGGGGUAACCCAAAUAGAAUUCAGUCCUUGUGGUACCAAACUUUACUCAGCAGUAAGACGCAGCAACGAAUUUAUUUGCUGGGACUUACGCAACCCAGGAAUCAUCUUGAACUCAUUUGAAAAACGACAAGCUGAUACUAAUCAGCGCAUACAAUUUUGCAUCAACAACAAUCAAAUUAUUUCGGGUGGUACUGAUGGAGUAGCAAGAAUUUGGACCCUCGAUGACUCAACUGACACAGACCUCUGUCCUUCUUGGAGUGUUAAAUUAUCGGAUGACUGUAUCAAUGGAGUCAGUGCUCACAAAACGCUGCCUAUAUUGGCGACUUGCUCUGGCCAGCGAUUUUUGGACGAAAACAAGACUAGGGAUAACAGCGUUAGACUUUGGUAUUGUGGAACUGCAGCUCAAGACUAG